UUUCGAGCACAGCCAGUUCAGUUAUCAAUCUCCGACGGUCGGGAGCGGUUGGUCAGAUUCACGGAGGUAAUACAUAGCGGGUCCGUUACCGUCAGCUACACCGUAUUAAAGUAGAAGAGGAGGAUGUUCCUACCCCGAAUAGUGACAUUACAGUGAGAUGAGUUAAAAAAUAAGAUAUGCAACAUUACAGGAAAUCGUUACAUUUCUGCCUGACAUGUUCUAGUGCUGAAAUGUUUGAGCGUUGAUGUGUGUGUCUUAAUCAACAUCUAUUGUCGUAGCGUCUAGGCACCGAGUGAAAAUUGAUUCCAGCAGCUCCACGCAUCAACAAUCCCCGGGGGUGAUUUAUCGCUAUUAAUAGGCGUAAUGCUGCGAGCUUUAUAUUCACCCCUGUUAAGCACGAGGCGCAAUACUGAAUGGAGAAGAAUAGCGAGAAAGCACAGCAAGAUUGUGAAAUAUUAGUGAAGGUUUUACGCUGUGUGAAAACAAAAUUUUCGGGCUUUACAUUCUGCCAUGGCUUAGUUUGAAUGUAAAAAAAUAUUUGAAAAAUUGUUUGUAAAAGUUCUUGCUUGCUUGAGCUGCGGAAAGCGCAUCACUCAAGGAUCGCACUACUCUCAUCAAAGAAGGCUGUGUCAAGGUGGUAAAAAAAGGUGAAAAAAGCUCGUGCUUGUCGUAAGAUCGUGGAUAUCGGUGGAAAAGUUUCAAAAGUUUUUAUUAGUCUUAACGGUGUUUCUUUUUGCCAGGUGAAAUGUAUUCAUAUGCCCGCUUAGCCAUUCGUGCUGGGCGUGCGUGUCGUGCGAGUGUAAGAUCGUUCUUAUUAAAUUGAAUAAACAGUGUUUACGAAAGCUGUAAAACGAAAUAUAAAAAGCAUGUGCAACGUUAUCGUUUAAAGAAAGCUCUCUAAGUGAAAUGAAACACAGUGCAAAACGAGUAAAUAUUAAUUAGCAUCGGAGAAGUGAUAAAUCAUCUCGGCUGGAUUAGGCGCUUCCCCGCCGUGCGGUUCGGGGUGAAUGACAGUACGCGCUCGAAUGUGCCGACCGUGUACGUUGGGUUUCCGGCGGCGGUGGUGCUGCUAAGAGAGGGGGUGGGUGGGUACACGAAUUAGCGUGACAGAAACUCCGGCGCCACCUUGGCCUUGGCUAUGCUAUGCACGCUCGUGGCGGUUCGCAAUGGCAGAGCCGCCGCAAAGCAUCGCUCGGACCGCUCCGGCGGGCCCAUCCCGCAUCCGGCGCGACCUGGAACGUGCAGGUGGUGCGGGGGAAAAUGACUUCCCGCUGCCUGUGGCAUGCCUGUCGCGCCCUCGUCCUCGGGAUGGUGCUUAUGUUCGUUGGCGGUGCAAUGGCCACAGUAGGAUACUACGCAAACAACUUUCCUUCGCUGUCGGACGUGCGAAGCAACAACACGUCGUCGAUACGCGUUAAAAACGAGCACCGAGGAUUACACCUGAACAAUCUAUCCUACGUCGGUCCCAUCAUCAUGGGCGUUGGCGGUUUCAUCGUGGUGGCUUCGUGCGUGAUGACAUUCGAAGCCCGGGACUCAGCGGCCAAGGUGGUCCCAGCCCGGUUCAAGCUGAACGCUCAGGGAUCCGCCCGAAAUCCCAGCCGCAACAAUAACUCGCGACGUUCCACAGGUGUCUCGAAUGGCCCAACAGCAAUCAUGGGACCGCAGACUGCCCGCUGGGAACAGCACUUGGGCGUCUUUCGAACUUCGCCCGCCACGGAGCAGGUCCCGGACCGCAAAGCACUCACGGCCGCUCUUGUACACUUCUCCAAAGCCUUAGGGACACCGAAAACGUCACCCCAUCGGCGGCCGAGCGAAAGCCAAAGCCGGCGUGUGUCACGAAGCGGUUCGGUGCCCAAUUUGUACGCCGAAAAGCUGAACGUUCCCCUGCUCGCCUCCGGCUCGCCCGCCAACAUCCGGUCCGAGGCGGGUGGCCACCAUCGGCAUCAUCGGGGAUCGCGCGUCAGCAGUAUGGUACAGCGGUCGACGCGGGACCCCAUUGGCAGUGGGUUGCUGCAUCCAGGGAUGCUUCAGUUUCACCGACACGCCCUCUCGGUGGACGAACCGGAACCGCUGGCCAGGACACUCAAUCAAGCCGGCUCGCACGGUUCGGUACAGUACGGGUACGGGGGCGAGAUCGUACCCGUGCACAAGCUGCGAGAUCGCAACAAACGCUCGGAUACGGCCCGCCGGCACGUCCUGUCGCGCCAGACCAAAAUUGAAAAAGACGAAUCGCUCGGCAGCCCCAAACACGGCCACAUCAGCCGACGUGCCUCCACCAUCUCCAAUACGUCCGUCUCCUCCAAGCUGAACCGGGGUAGCCGACGUGCCUCCACCAUCUCCAAAACGCCAAGCGUCGAUUCGCGCGGGGCAGCAUCCACGAUCGAAAUCAACAGCCCGGACCGGUCGCUGCUGCUCGGGCUGACGCCCCCGAGAAAGGGCACGACGCCCGCGUUCGGGCCCAUAUCGACGCCGUCGGUCGAGAAGGAGUGCCGGAGUCAGCUGUCAAUUUGCUCCGAGCCGGCGGCGAUCAGUCAACGCAAUCUCUCCUGUCAAUCGAGCUUGGAACCAUGCGUACCGGAAGAGGAAAGCUCCCCCGAGUACGAUCACACCGGCGACGAGGCUAACGGCGAGGGCAGAGAGCAGAGCAAUAAAAAACAUCCCUCACCCAACCCUGCCGAACCGCUGUCCGUUGCAAAUCCUCCCCUGCGACCGGACUCACUUGUGCUCGCGUUAAAGGAGAGGGCGGCGUCCGGGGAGCAGGGAAAUCAGCAGCACCAGCAACCCAACCGGCAGCAGCAACCUCUGUACCGUAGCAACUCGAGCAAAAGCUUCCGCAAACCCAAACCAAAGUGUGCGAGCAAAAAGCUUAGCAACGAGUACGACCAGAUCUACGUAAUUAGCGCUGGUGCCGGUGCGCCGAACGGAAACGCAGCCGGAAACAAUCGUUAUCCCAAUUUCCAGCAUCAGACGCGCCCGGCCGACGACGACCAUUACGAUUCGAUCGAGGUCAUACACGAGCGGCGCAGCAAAAACUUUAGCAAGUUUUCCAAUGCUAGCACGAGCCCGCAGGAGACGCUGGCUGACGGUGGGGGGCAAGAUAAUGCACCGGGCACAUACCUGGUGUCUUCCGGUUCGAUAGAGGGCGAAUACCGGAAGAUGGGUUCGAACGUGAUUAGCGUCGUGGCGGACAUAUCGCCGGUGCCCGCAAGCAAUAUGGCGGUGGUGGAGGUGCCUCAGCAGCAGCAAGAGUCUUCUACACAGGAUGCACCAGAGCGGAUGAGCGGCUGCAGUAGUCCAACAGUGAAAAAACAGGAUGCGAGUGAAAGCAUUACCAACACGAACGUGGAAUCCCGGUCAGAAGAGAAGAACGAAAAGCAAAACAAUAACCACACGGCGUUAUCGCAAGCGAAGGAAGAUGCUGUGCCAAAGGACGAGAAAGUAGACUCACAAUAGAGCCAAUAACGGUGUAUGGUCUAACCCGGGUCAAGCCCUUAAACGACCCGGUCCUUCUUAAUGGAGUUCCUUUCAUCGCUGCCCAGGAGAACGAGUGAAGAUGGACGACCAGAACGCAACGGUGAGGUGUGUGAAAAUCGCUCGAUAAGUGUUGAAAAGUGGCUGCUUCCAACAUUACUGCAGCUUUUCGUCACCUCGCCGCAGGUAAGCCGCGUCAUGUGUGGGUCUGCCCUGGGCCUGUGCUCGAUAGAUUCAAUUUCAUUCGUGCGGGGAUGUAUAGAAACGAACGAAGGAGGAAACAAGUGUUGCCCUCGAGGGGCAGUGUUUGUUUGUGAGCAGGGACGAAAAGGAGCAGAUAGUUCGCGAGAUUGGUUGCCGAAAGCGCUUUUACUUCUUCACGACAGUUACAGCAUGGUGCAGCGAUAUCCUGCUGACAUAAAACACGAACCCACACACACACACUCACACACACACACAUGCAGUUGAGGUCGAAUGGUUGCAAUCGUUUGGUGCAGUUUUCGAUUACACCGAAUGGGAUGUGCCAGGAAUUUCAAUUUGCUAGCCGUCGGUUAUUAGACUUUCUUUCGAUUAAAUUCGACACGCUAUAAGUAGGUUGUUGUGAGGUCAUGGUUCGGAGUCUUGGGAAUCCUGUUUUUUAUAUCAAAGCUGUUAACGAUUUUGAGCAAACAAUAUUGUAAUUCUUCAACUAUGUACACUUAUUAUACAUACAUCAUUCCUCAAAUUAUUUUCCUAGUUUUCCACCAUUCCUUCAUCUUCUUUCUCUUGAUUUGAUCUUCCAAAUGUCAGAAAAGUAAAGCACUUUCAACAAUCACUAAUGUAGCAGAAAAAGUGGCGCUCCAUCUGUUGUGAUUUCAACUUUUUCCACCGCAAAUGUUACAUCCCAUCGGAAAAGACGUCCAUUUGUUCGCCCCAAAUCUCCAACAUCACGCUUGACAUCCUUGCAGUGACGUGGGCGGGUUCGUGAUAACUGACCCUUUACAGAAAUGUUUGGCCGCCUUUUCCUUUGUUCCAACUGAACAUCCAUCAUACAAGCAAGCUUAUCUUCAGGUCAAGUUAUACGGGUUCAGUUUGAGACUACCCAACAGAUUUCUUCAAGUCGAUAGAAACACAGCAAAGUAUGGGCGGGAUGUUGCACGAGUGUUUUGAUGACGUUUCCGCUGUUGGACGUGUUGGCAAAGAAAAACUAACUCAAACACUCUUUAUCUACUGUCCUUAUCGAAGCCUUGCAAAAGUAUCUGCUUGUGUAGUGAAAUUGGAGCCAAAUAGUGAACAUAAAAGCUUCCGGUGAAGCUUUUAAUCUCUCUGCUAUGUUUUUAAACAGCAAUGUUGGCUAUUUCUGCUAACGUUUCGUACAAUUAGGAGCUAUUUGAUGUUGGCUCGAAGAAAAAUCGUCGUAAAACAAACCAUUCCUAAAAUUCUCAACUAAAUGAGGGCAAACAUAAUGAUACCAUGCUCUCCCCGUUGCAAUAAAGCAUCAUGAUGCAAAAGUUUUAAUCUGCUCCACCGGGACAGAUCACUCGACCGAGGACCUUGUGUCAUCGGAUUACACCGGAUUGGUCCCGCAAAACUUUCUAACCACCGAGGUCAACCAUACGGUAAGUGAGUUAAUUUUGUGUGGAAAGAAUGAAAUCCACCCAUCAUCGUUUGUUGUUUUUCACCCUAGAGAAAAGGGAAUUUCGGCUCGGAAAACCACAACAAUUCCAAUCUCGUUUAGUGACGUUUAGUUUAACCUUUUGCCGUCGCUUGGCGAUGUUUAUUUUUAUCGGUGCCUUGGUUUCGUUGGCUGGAAUUAGUUAUUUCAGUUAAAGUAAUUGUUAAUUUUAUUUGAUACCAACAAACUUUUUCGUAAAGUUACAUAUGCCACAGGGAAAUAUUAAACAGCUUAACUUUUUCAAUCUUUUUACACAUGAACUUCCAUUUCAACUUUAACCUAAUCGAACAGGAAACUCAAUCCACGAAGCCUAAGUGAAAGUGGUAUAUUUUCCGCAGGUGCACAUGCCAAAGUCAAUUAUUUGAAUCCGAAUAACAAACACACAUUGUGCUACCCAGCGUUCCUACACGCUUCGCUUUUUCCACCCAUUGCACCUUUCACACCGACGGCAAUGUAAAUGUAGCCCCACAUUUCAAUACAUUCUCUCUGGGGCAAUCAGUACAGAACAGACAGGAAAGCUGGGUCACGUACGGGACAAAGAGUAGAAAGGAAGAAACCACCACAAACUCAAAGCUUCACUUCAAAGCAAUCGAGCCAGAACCGAUACGAUUGGGGUAAAAAUGGGAGCACGAAGUGAAAUUGAAAUUGCUAUCUCCCUGCCCAAAACCAUCACCGUUCCCAAGGUUUCACGGGCCAACCGACAACGGGAACGUACCAAAAGAAGGAUAAGGUAGAAUUGAAACGAUAAAUUCAAUAUCUAACGAAUGUUUACGCUCAACACUAGCAUCGGGAUAAGGAAAUGGCAAGAGAAAGUAAAAUACCACUAACGAAGGAGAGAGAAAAAAAACGAACGUAAGGAGGUCAAAUACGAGCAAGUGCACAGCAGAUUUUUGAAGGUGUCAGUGAAGGAGCAGAAGGAAAAACAUAAAAAAAGAAAACGUUCAAAGAAAAACUUUCCACAAAAAAGAAAAUGGCAAUGCAAGGAGCUUCAAUCGGUCGAGCGUGUGCAAAUUGGCUACGGCAUCCACUAACCACACGCCGUCACACUUACACUUUACAAGUUUGUUUGCCAUGGGAGGGAUUGUUUUGGAGACGACGGCCCACAAAAACAAUCAAAAGCACCAAAGCCAGCCGGCUUGUUAGGGAAGCUGCAAGCUAACAGCACGGGAAAUGAGUAACAAAUACGAUGAGUGAAUAUAAUCCCACGAUGAUCAGUUUUCCAUGGACGCACGAUAGCAUGUGCUGUUAAAUGUAUGCGUGAGAAUUGAUCACAGUGGUGACAUAAAAAAGAAAACUAGAUGUACAUGUGGUUACAAUUGCAUUAGAUUAGGUUAAAAUGUGCGUGUUGUUUCAGUUUCAGCUUAAUAACAAUCAUAUACGAUAAGUAGCGAAGAAAACAAAUAACAUGUGCAAGGAGGACAUAUUUAUCGUAUUGUUACCUUCUACUGUAUAUGCAAUGUGUGUGCACACUUGCCUUCUUGGCGCUGUUUUUUUGCUGUCCGGAUAUUGUACAGUGAGUUAGCAGAGCAUAUUUACACAACCAAGUGGUGAGUGUGAUUAUUGGGGAAAGGGAAGACAAGUGACCCGAGAUGAAUAGCGCAUGAAAAGGAAUUGCACAUUGGGCAGUGAAGUAAGGAAAGAAGAAAAUAAUAUUUACAAUGGUGAUCACGAGAUCGAGGUCGGUUUACGAAAGGCUACUCUGUGAAUGGUUGGGCUUACACUCAUACAAAAGACAGUUAGAAACAGAAACAUCUGCAUGAAAUGGAUCACUUUUCAUCAUUUCAUUCCACUCCUAUUUACAUCACCUUCCCAAAAACCGAUCAAUCACAGAAAUUAUUCGUAACAUAGCGCUAAUUCACAAACACCCAGAUGCACACAUAGAAGCACCAAAGGAGAAGAA